CAAAAAAUUUGUAAACAAACAGAAGUAUGUUUUCGUUUCGUCCUGCUUAUAUUUGCAAUACACAAAUGUUGACAAAAAUUCAGCAUGACGUCGAAUAGUUACAUCGAUAUUCAAUAUCAAAUGAAUCCGUGUUACGACAAUCCUGAAACGGAAACAAACGAAAAACAAGCAAUGCUUACGGAUGGAAAUUCGGGUUCACGUUACACGGAAGAAUAUUAUAGCCCGGAACCAUCCGACACGGAGGAUUCUGUUAGUGUUUAUAGUGAGAUUUCCUCAUCGAAAGAAACACUGAAAAGAUUUAAUCGUGUUUUUAUUGUGUCUAUGUUCGUGUUGGAAUUAUUUGGAAUAUGUUGUAUUGUCAUGGUAACAUGUUGGAUGGUAUAUUUUCAUGGCGGUCUAGCAUGGGACGGUACCAAAAGGGAAUUCAACUGGCAUCCCAUAUUCAUGGUCGCUGGACUAUUUUGCUAUGCAAACGCGGCUUUGACUUCAUACGUUCUUCGAGGACAUUCAGAAAGCAUGGUUCAUUAUUUACAUUUUCUCGUUUUAAUGAUGACAUUCAUUUUUGUCGUAUUUGGUAUGGUGAGCUCGCUUACUACACAUACACGACUGACAGCAAAGUUUUACAGCUUCCAUAGUUGGAUGGGAGUGGCAAUGCUAGUCUUGUUCGUAAUACAGAUCGCCGUUGGGUUUAUUGGUUUGUUUCCGAAUUGUGAAAAUACGACGCGGAAGAAAUAUCUUAAAUUUCAAAUUUGGAUAUGUGUCUUGGUAUUGUCUAUCGGUAUUGGUACCAGUCUUCUUGGAAAUGCAGAGAAGUUAACUAAAAAUUUUGCGUUAUCACUGACGUCAUUCAGUUACGAAGGUUUGCUCACAAACAUGCUCAGUUUGUUUCUCCUCGCGUUUGGCUGUAUGGUAUCCACAGUAUUGUUGCAUCCAAUAUAUCGAUCAACAUAAAUUUGGACGCGAGAAUUUUGUCGAUGAGGUUAACGAAGUGUAUCGUGUAAAUAGGAGUAAGGAAACAGACACUUCCGGAAUUUCUUUUCUUCCUAUACUGCAGCUAUUUCUUUAAAGAUGAAAACAGAUAAAUUAAAAUCCUCAUCGAAAGUUAAAAAUGUGUAAAUUUUUAAAAUCAUAACACAAAUAAAUGACUUGUAAAAAUGCUAUAUUAAAUAUUGUUGUAUUUCAUUUUU